AUGUUUCUUUGUUUCUUUGUUUGUUUCUUUCUCUGUUUCUUUGUAUCUUUCUUUCUUUCUUAUUUGCAAAUCCCUUUUCCUCUACUUCUUUCUUUGUAUUCCUUUUAUAUCUGCUUUCUUUCUUUCUUUUUUCUUUCUUUCUUUCUUUCUUUCUUUCUUAACCCUUUUCCUUACUUUUGUCUUCCUUUUAUAUACGCUUUCUUUCUUUCUUUCUCUCUUUCUUUCUUUCUUUCUUUCUUUCUUUCUUUCUUUCUUUCUUUCCUGCUUCUUUUUUCUGUAUGUUGCUAUCUUUUUUUUCUACUUGUUUUUGUUUGUUUGUCUGUUUGUUUGUUUGUUUGCGCCUUUCUUUCUUUCUUUCUUUCUUUCUUUCUUUCUUUCUUUCUUAUUUUCUUUCUUAUUUGCAAAUCCCUUUUCCUUUCUUUUGUCCUUCCUUUACAUCCAGUUGCAUUCUUUCUUUCUCUGCAUUGUGAUAUCUUUUUUUUCCCUUUCUAUAACCUUUCCUUUACGUCUUUUUCUGUCUUUCUUUCUUUUAUCUUUUCUAUUUCCUUUGCUCUUUUCUGUUCCCCCUUUCUAUCUGCAUACGGUGGCUUUUCUCUUUCUUUUUUUUAUUCUGCUGCUUUAAUUCUUUCUUUCUUUCUCUCUUUCUUUCUUUUUUCUUUUCUAUUCUCUUUUUCUAUCGCAAUAUGGUUCUUUUUUUCUGUAGAUUAUUGCCUUUCUUUAUUCUUUUUCCUUUUCUCUUUUCCUCUUUCUUCCUGUUUUCUUUCUUUCUUCUUUCUUUCUUUCUUUCUUUUUCACUAUGUUACUAUCUAUUUUCUGUAUUCUGUUGGCUUUCGUUCUUCUUUAUACAUUUCUCUUCAUGCUUUGUUUUUUCUUUCUUUCUUUCUUUCUUUCUUUCUUUCUUUCUUUCUUUCUUUUAUCUUUUCUAUUUACUUUGCUCUUUUCUAUUCUCUCUUUCUAUCUACUUACGGUUUCAAUCUUUUUGCAAUCUGUAUUCUAUCGCCUUCCUUUCUUCUUUCUUCUUUUCACUUCCCCUUCAUUUUUUUUUAA